GAAAAGGAAAAAUCUCAGCGACAACCGAAUCGCAAGCGGAAAAAAAACCCUUCGGCCCGUGCUGCUUCUGCUGGAGAACGAUCCUCCGGAUUCUUCUUCGCUGCUCUUCCACCUUCGUUGACUGGAGUGCUUCGAUUCUUAUCCGGCAAAAAGGAAGCAAGAUCGAGAAAGGGACAAUGGAGCACACCGAGGAAGCGGAUAUUAAGGGUUACGUCUCGCCCUCUCCCACAGAUACCACUGAAGCCGCCGCCGAAACGGAGAGCGAUGUAGUCGAACGGGACCGCUAUUCUCGCGUGAUCAAAGCUGGUCUCCAUCCCUUGAAGCAUAAGUUUGUGUUUUGGUAUUCUCGCCGAACUCCUGGAGUACGUUCACAAACAUCAUACGAGGAUAACAUAAAGAAAAUUGUGGAAUUUAGUACGGUUGAAGGGUUUUGGGUUUGCUAUUGCCAUCUAGCACGGCCUGCCUCACUACCAAGCCCAACAGAUGUCCAUCUUUUCAAAGAGGGUAUUAGGCUUCUGUGGGAGGAUGCUGCAAACCGUAAUGGUGGUAAGUGGAUAUUGCAAUUCAAAAAGGUCGUUUUGGGGAAGAUUUGAUAAUGGCACUAGUUGGUAACCAACUUGACUUUGGUGACGACGUUUGUGGUGCUGUGUUGAGCAUCCGUCUCAACGAGGACAUUUUAAGUGUUUGGAACCGGAAUGCAUCAGACCAAAAGGGUGUGAUGACUCUGAGGGACUCCAUCAAGCGGCACCUAAAACUGCCACAGAGCUACUUAAUGGAGUACAAACCUCAUGAUGCUUCUCUACGUGACAACUCGUCCUAUAGGAAUACUUGGUUAAGAGGAUAGGCAUCGUAACCUCAUUGUUAUGGAGCACUCAGAACAAUUCUCUUCUACAGCUUUAAUCUAAAAAUGUUGGAACUGUUUGUGACAGAUGAUUUUUGAUCCAGUGAUAAGAUCGGGGGGCCCGCGUGAGGGCAAGGUCAAUGACACCUAGAGGUUAACAGUCAAAGGGGGGUCAACCUCAGGGGCUCGACGAGCGGACAGGACAUGCCGAUCGCUAGGCGAUGAUCUUCACCCGAGAGAGCAACCAUUUGGCCGUGGGUCCAGAUUUCCAAUGAGGGAAAUCACAUGGCCGAGCGGAUGGUCCACUCGGCCAGGGUGCAAAGAAAGAGCAACGGCCGAGCAGCCUACUCGCUCGGCCAGAUAGGCGAUGACCCUGAACCUUCCCGGAUGGGCGACCACCUACGCCAGACCAAAGGUGAAUAUCCUGGCCGAGUGGCUUGAUGAUCGAUCCGGGAA